AUGGCCCCCCUUAAGCUCAGCAACAAGAACCUCUCACAGAUUGCCUCCACUGCCGGCGAGCACCAGGUGCAAGUACCAACCUACCAGCGCGGGGAUGCCGUGAAGGAGGGCAUCGUCCACGUCGGGGUGGGCGGCUUCCACCGCGCCCACCUGGCCGUGUACGUCGACCAGCUGAUGCAGAAGCACGGGGAGAAGAACUACGCCAUCUGCGGCGUGGGACUGCAGCCGUUUGACGCGGCGAUGCGCGACGCCCUGGGGUCGCAGGACCACCUGUACACGGUGAUCGAGCGGUCGGCCAAGGGGAGCUUCGCGCACGUCGUGGGCGCCAUCAACUCGUACCUGUUCGCGCCGGACGACCGCGAGGCGGUCAUCGCCAAGAUGGCGCACCCGGACACGCACAUCGUCUCGCUGACCAUCACCGAGAGCGGCUACUACUACAACGAGAACACGCACGAGCUGCAGAGCGAGCACCCGGACAUCCAGUACGACCUCGACCCGGCCCACGAGACCGCCCCGCGCACCACCUUCGGCUUCCUGUACGCGGCGCUGGCCCGCCGCCACCAGCAGGGCUUGAAGCCGUUCACCGUCAUGUCGUGCGACAACAUGCAGAAGAACGGCUCCAUCACGCGCCACAUGCUCGAGUCGUUCGCGCGGCUGAAGAACCCGACGCUCGCCGAGUGGAUCGCCACGCAGGGCGGCUUCCCCAACGCCAUGGUCGACCGCAUCACCCCGCAGACCUCGGCCGCCGACAAGACGGCGCUCGCCGACAAGUUUGGCAUCGAGGACAGCUGGCCCGUCGUCACCGAGCCGUUCAUGCAGUGGGUCAUCGAGGACCAGUUCGCCGACGGCCGCCCGCCCUUCGAGAAGGUCGGCGUGCAGGUCGUCAAGAACGUCCACGACGUCGAGCAGUUCGAGAAGCACAAGCUGCGCCUGCUGAACGGCAGCCACUCCGCCCUGGGCUACCCGGGCCAGCUGGCAGGCUUCCAGUACGUGCACGAGGUGAUGGAGAACCCGACCUUCAACAAGUUCGUCUGGCAGAUGAUGCAGGACGAGGUGAAGCCCCUGCUGCCCGACAUCCCGGGCGUCGACAUCGACGAGUACUGCCGCACCCUCAUGGGCCGCUUCGAGAACCCCACCAUCAUGGACCAGCUGCCGCGCAUCUGCCUCAACGCCUCCGGCAAGAUCCCCCAGUUCAUCAUGCCCUCCAUCGCCGAGGCCAUCUGGGUCAAGGCCCCGUUCCGCCGCCUUUGCUUCGUCGCCGCCGCCUGGUUCCGCUACGUCAACGGCGUCGACGACGCCGGCAACCGCUUCCCCGUCGACGACCCCAUGCGCGACGAGCUGCAGGCCAAGGCCCGCGCCGGCGGCACCAAGCCCCACGAGCUGCUGAGCAUCAAGACCCUCUUCGGCGACGAUCUGCGCAGCGACGAGCGCUUCCUGAAGCAAAUCACCCAGGCCAUGGAGGAGAUCGACCGUGACGGCAUCCUCAAGACCUUGCCGAAGUAUGUGGACUGAACGAGAAAUUCUUGCAUACCCUUAUAUAUACCUUGGUACUUUAGAAGACGGUGAAAAUGAUUUGAGGGCAUUUAAUUCGGUUAUUUGCAAGCGUUGGCUUUUUAUAUACAUUUUUGGACUCGUGUUGAUACGAUUUCUGCCAUCUGGCUUUCGGAUAUGUGAUGCGUCAUGCGGGAUUGAGUUACGAAAGACGAGCAUAGAAAAAUCUCACCCUUUUGUUUUUUUGUCUCGGUGCAUAGAAGAUAGAGAUAAUGAU